AUGGCUUCAAGUUCAUCAUCUUUCCCAAGUUCUUCUAUUUCUUCUACCAGCAAAUGGACGUAUGAUGUUUUCCUGAGUUUCAGUGGUGAGGACACUCGCAAUACUGCUACGGACUUUAUAUAUUAUGCAUUAGUAGAGAAGGGCAUUAACACUUUUAAGGACAAUCAAAAACUUGAGAAAGGAAAAACUAUUAAACCAAAACUCCUCAGAGCUAUCAAAGAAUCCAAAUUUGCCAUAGUCAUUCUCUCAGAAAAUUAUGCAUUUUCCACUUGGUGCUUAGAUGAACUUGUAGAGAUCAUUGACUGCGAGACAAAAAAGGAAAUAACAGUUUUCCCUAUUUUUUACAAUGUGGAUCCAUCUGAUGUGCGAAAACAAAUAGGAACUUUUUCACUUGUUAAACAUGAAAAACAUUUCAAGGAGAAGGUGGAAACAUGGAAAGCUGCUUUGAGUCAUGUGGCCGAUCUUGCCGGAUAUCAUGUAAAGAAUAGUCCUCUCUCUACAGCUAUCAAAAGCAUUGCGGGACUAAUAUCACGAAAAUUGUGCCGUGAAUUCUCAGAAGUUACUGAGGGCUUGAUUGGAAUAGAGUCUUCAUUGUUGGAAUUGGAGUCAUAUUUAGCUUUUUGGUUAAAGAAUGAAGUUCGCUUUAUAGGGAUUUGGGCGAUGGGGGGAAUGGGGAAGACAACCCUCGCCGAAGUUGCCUAUAAGAUGUAUUCUAAAGAAUUUGAAGUUAGUUGUUUUAUUGAUAAUGUUAGGGAAAAAUAUGAAAAAAAAGGUUACCUAUCAUUGCAGAAAAAUCUUAUUUCUCAAAUAUUAAAUGACACAAAUUUGAAUAUAAAAAAUAAUUGUGAAGGAGAACACAUGAUCAAGAAUAUGUUACAUGGUAAAAGGAUUCUUCUUGUUCUUGAUGAUGUAAAUGAUUUAAACCAAUUACAAAAGUUAGCUAGGAAGCGUGAUUGGUUUGGUCGGGGUAGUAGAAUUAUCAUAACAACAAGAGAUAAGCACUUGUUAGAGACACAUUUAAUAGAUCAAAUGUAUGAAGUUAAAGCAUUGAAAAAGGAAGAUGCUCUUCAUCUUUUUUGUUCAAAAGCUUUUAAAAACAAACUUGUCCCAGAUGAAUAUUUAAAACUGUCCAAAGGUUUUUUGAAUUAUGUUGCCGGUCAUCCUUUAGCUCUUAUAGUUUUGGGUUCAUUUUUGUAUAAAAGAAGUGCUGUUGAAUGGGAAAAUGAGUUUGAGAAGCUCAAAGAACAACCCAAGCUAGAUGUUAUCCGAGUACUAAAAAUAAGUUAUGAUGGACUUGAAAGGCAAGAUCAAGAAAUAUUCAAAGAUACUGCAUGCUUCCUUAAUCACGAGAUGGAAGAUUAUGUAGUACAAAUACUAAAAAAUCAUCUUGGCCGCUAUCUUGGAUUAUCCAAUCUCAUUGACAAAUCUCUCUUGAAAAUUUCUGAAAAUAAUGAAUUGUGGAUGCAUGAUUUAGUAGAAAAUAUGGGUAGGGACAUAGUUCGUCAAGAGUCCCUUGAGCCUGGGGAGCGCAGUAGACUGUGGCUUUAUAAGGAUAUUGAUCAUGUGUUGAAAAACAAUACGGGAACAAAAAACGUUCAAGCCAUGGAUAUAAAGGGAGCCAAGGAUACAAGUAUUUAUCAUGAAGAAAAAGACGCAUGUUGGAGGCCACAAGGGUUAGCUCCAUUGGUGACACUUCAGGGGUGGGUCCUAAACGCUCUAUCUUGGCAAGGGUUAGCUCUAUUGGUUACUCUUUGGGGAUGGGUACAAAGGACCUUAUCUUGGGAAGGUUUCACAUCAUCAAAAAAACCAGAAGGGCUACUUAGGGACCCUAACACCUUUUUGAAGAUGUAUAAUCUUAAAUUUCUGAGAAUUCAUAGUGUUUCGUUGCAACUUGACACUUCACAUUUACCUAAUGGUUUAAGCUAUUUGGAAUGCAAUGAUUAUCCUUUAAAAUCAUUGCAUUCUUUGCCAGCUGGGCUUGGAGAACUUCGUUUGCUGCGUAGCAAACUUAAACUACUUUGGGUAGGAAUGAAGAUUUUUGAAAAUUUAAAGUCCAUCAAUAUGGAUGGCUCCUUGGAGCUAAUUAUCAGCCCUGACUUCAAUGGAGUCCCAAAUCUUGAGGAGUUAAUUCUUGCCCGAUGUUCAAAUUUAUGCAGGCUUCAUCCAUCCAUUGGCAAAUUGAAAAAGCUUAAACUUCUUGAUCUAAAAGGGUGCCUAGAACUAACUAGUCUUCCAGAGAAGUUUGAAAUGGAAUCUCUUGUGACUCUUAAUCUUACUCAUUGUUUAAAAGUCAAGAAAAUUCCUGACACCAUUUGUAGCUUGACAUCGCUUAACAAUCUUUAUCUUUCUGGAUGCUCAAAAUUUGACAAAUUGCCAGAGGACUUGGGGAAUAUCGUAAGUCUAAAGAAGCUUCAUUUGAGUGGAACAACUAUAAAAGAGUUGCCUUCAUCAAUUGAAUGCUUGAUUGGCCUUACUUCAUUGCAUCUAAGAGAUUGCAAAAAAAUUGACAAAUUGCCAAAGGACUUGGGGAAUGUUGUAAGUCUAGAGAUGCUUGAUUUGAGUGGAACAGCUAUAACGGAGCUACCUUUGUCAAUCGAAUUUUUGAUUGGCCUUGGUAGAUUGCAUCUAGAUGGAUGCCCAAAAUUUGUCAACUUGCCAAAGAACUUAGGGAAUCUCAAACAUCUGAAUUGGCUUUGUUUGCAAGGAACAGCAAUAGCAGUUUUGCCAUCAUCUAUUGAAUGUAUGGCUGCCCUUAAGUAUUUAAAACUAGAAGAUUGCAAAAAUCUUGUGUUUCUUCCAAGCACCAAUUGUAAUUUGAAGAAGGUAGAGUGUCUUGAUCUUAUUGGAUGCUCAAAAAUUGCCAACUUGCCGGAGAACCUGGGGAAUAUGGAAAGCCUAAAGUGGCUUUUUUUUGGGUGA